GAUUCAAUUUUGAAUUUGUUCGAGGUGGGUGGGGAUUCUGUUCUGCUGCCCGCCAUAUUGUGUUCGGCUGUGAGUGCUGGGAGUGAAAAAAAUAUUUUAUUUGUAGUGUAAAUUCUUUGUCUUCGUUGUACGGAUUGAAUAUUGAAAAGGUCAGCUAUGGGUGCUAAGCAGAGCAAGCGCUCGGUGGACAUUAGCGGCAAGGAGGCGGAGGGUGCGGGAGCGGGCGCGGCCGAGGUGGCUGCGGCGGGCGCGGGCGGCGAGGGUCGUCUUGAGCAGCUGGCGGACGCAGACGCCGGCGCCCCCCUAAAGCCACAGCUCAACGGGGACGCGCACAUACACGAACCAUCGGACAAAGAGAAACAGUUAGAUAGCGGCACACCUGAAAAUGAAAAGGAUGCCACGACAGAGAAGGAGAACAAAGAGGUAGAGGAGGCAAAAGAAAAGGACACUCCGACAGUCACCAACGGGGACAGUGAGCAAAAAGAAGAAAAUGGAGAUGCAGCUGCUACCCCCGAAGAAGUAAAGAAACCCAAGAAGGAAAAGGUCAAGAAGAAAUGGUCGCUCAGGUCGAUCAGUUUCAGCAGAAAAGAUAAACCUAAGCAAGAAAAGAAAGCUAAGGAGGACGAGGCAAAAACACCGAACGGCGAGACAGAGAAAUUGCCCGAAGAGGCUGCAGAAUCAGUCCCUGAGAAUGCGGUAAAUGAAGUAGCAGAGGAGGCCAAAUCAGAUUCUGAAACUAAGGACGAAAAAACUCCAGAAACUCCGGUUACCGAACCCAUCACAAACGGAAGCAAUACCCCUGAAUCCCCAAAAACAGAAUCCUCCCCCACCGAUGAACCCAUUCCUGAAACUCCAGAGGACAACGACAGGCCUGAACCGAAAGCCGCCUCGCCCGAACCGAAAGCUGCCACGCCCGAACCGAAAGCUGCCACGCACGAACCAGAGAAGUUGCCUGUGAAUGGACUCUCCCUAGAAGAACCCAAAGUUGAGGCUCCCGAAGUACCGAAAUGUGAGGAAAGUAGCGUUGAGAAAGAUACGUCAGAGACAUCGGAAUCGGUUCCGGCCCCAGAAAUUCCUGUUACAAAAGAGGUUUGUGUUGAACAAAUGCCUUUGAUAGAGCCCUCGCCUCCCCCACUCCCCGCAAACCCUCCUCCCUCGUCGGUGGCUUCGUUCGCUGCGACCACCAUGGCACCUGAAUUGACAGACGCUUCACUCGCCACUCCCACCGAUGUCACCACCACCGCAGCACCGAUCGCUACCACAGAACCCGACCCCGAUACUGAUAUUGUUGACAGGGAUGCUUUAGAAUCGAAUACUGCUCAACUCGACGCUGAAAAAGCCGUCGCAGAGGUCCCUACUGCAGUUACUGAAACUGUAGAAGUAAUCAAAGCUCCAGUCGUGAUCGAUGAAGUAAAACCGGAACAAGUCAACAUUCCUACCAGCAAGGAAAAUGGAGUGAUUGACAGUAACGUUGACGCUAUGGAUGGAACUAAAACUGAAAAUGUCGCCACAGAAACUACUCCCGCAUUAACAAUUGUACCCGACCAUGUAGACAUUCCUGAAAUAGUAAUUAACGAGUCACAACCGACAAACGAUUUGACACACCAUGACGAAACUGACGAUCAAACGCAACAGGAUGACGAUACCUAUGCAGCGGGUGACAAAGAAAUUAUAAACGAUAAGAAAAUUGUUGAAGACAAAAAGAUCGAAGAAGUUAUGACCACCGAACUUAGCGCGACUACCACGGAGAUUGAGAACUUGAAAAAUUCCGCCAAAGUUGUCGAAGAAGAAUUGACGGAGAAGAAAUGCAACGGGCUGAUCGAAGACGAGAAGAACGAGGCGGAAAUAACACCAGCUGAUAAGAUAGGUGAGGCGACGACGCAGGAGGACUCGAUGCCGCCCCCGCCCCCGCUCGACUCGCAAGGGGACGAGGUGAGCGACGACGCCGAGGAGACAUUGCCCCUGCCGCCCAGCGAGCCUUGCCCCGCGCCCCCCGCAACGCCCCCCACACAGGAUGUGCUGCCUGUAUCAGACAAGAUGGCCGAUUUGAUUCCUGAAAUUCCAGUUGUGCCGGAAUUGAAAACUGAAAUGGAGAGCUCGAGCGACGUGGCGGUGAUCAACUAGAGAUGCGCCGCAGUCCGCGCCGCGUCUUACUUUAGCCCUUAAUUUAUUUCCCGUCAGCUGUGAGGUGCAACUGUCGAACUAAGUUCGAUGAGUCAAUAUCGGAGAAGCGGAUUUCGGUUUCGAAUGUGACCUUUCUCAUAGAAUGAUUAUAGUUUAAGUUUAGAGUGCUUUGCUUAAGAUUUUAUACAUUUUUAAUUCGCUAGGACGGAGUUUUCAUAUUAUAUUACAAUAACAAAGUUAUGUAGGCAGUAUACGGUGCGAUUGAUCAGUUGGUGCCAUUAUUACAGGGGUAGUAGUUACGUCGAUUCGCACGCUCCCCCCCGCGCCCCUCCCCGCCCCUCCAAGCCUCGCCCCGACCCGCGACUCCGCACGAGAUGCUAUUGCUUUUCCCCAAAAGUCGUUGUCAUCUUUAACCGCGACCGUCAACUCUGAUUAUAAAAUACCACUCGAAUACGAUUAUUAUUGUAAGUUUUUAGUACUUGAGACAUAUUUUUAUUAUGUAUAUAUGAAUUAUAAAAUUUCCGGGGGCUUUCAAUUUUCUGUGUCUAUAUGAAUUUAAAAUUACUUUGUAUAUUGUUGAGAGUGUGCGAAAAAUUUACAUUUUGUUUGACGACUUGAAUACAUCUGCUAUUUGUAUUUUUAAGUUGUAAAAAUUUAGUUUGAGCUCUCUUUAAUGCGAAAAUGAAAUUGUAAUUCUAGUAUUGGUAAUGCGCUCCUGUGUCUAGACUCAAAAUUAUAAUAAGGCAACUACGUAAAUGUAACGUAAACGUUAAGGUACGGUAUUGUAGUGUCGUGUGUCGUGUACUCUGCGGCAGCGAGCACACGACGGACUUGCAGUGGCCAACGUUUUUGAUUAUCCUAUACAUUUUUAUGCAUAUACAUACAAUUAAUUAUAUGAUAAUAUUUAGAGUUGUAGAGUUUGUAACGAGUUAGCGACCACAUACCUACAUAAGAUUUGAUAUUAUUAUACAAUUGUGUCAUUUUUCUAUAAUCUGCGUCCAAUUUAUUACAUGUAUGAUUUCAUAAUCAUUUUUGUAAUUUUAUACAAUUUUUUAAUGAAAUUCGAAGUGACAUCAGCAUUAACGGGACGAAACUCCCGAAUAUAUUAGCAGUUAAUGUGAGUGAGACAUUCCAUAUCAAAGACUAAAUUCCUUGUUCCAUGAUCCCACCUUUUUGUAUAUUGAUCCUUUUCUGUGUGUAUCGUCUUUUAUUUGUUCUUGUGUUACAAGAUAAUGCAAAUUGUAUGUGAAAUU